GGGAAAAGCGAUGGUCAGCACCAUUUAAUGUUAUUUAGAUUUCUAAGAAGUUUAAUCUUUUUUAGUUUUCUAAUUAGUAUUUAAGGCAUCUUAUUAAGAUUAAACCCAGAACGCUAAGCAUAAUUUUAAUCUUUAAAACGUAAAGAAGCCGCUAGAAGUACUAGAAAUAAGUGAAUAAACACACAUCUUUCUCGCGAACGAGUUCGUAGCGGGAAAACCGGCCCCAUAUAACCAGAAACACAUACACAACAAGGCAGCGACGUGUAUCAUCACCACCAUCCUCAUCCGCACCGGGGCGCACGGAAUCGCAACAGUGAAGGUAGCACUACCAGUAGCGGCACCGGGGCCAGGAAAAUGCAUCCAUCGAAGAAGAUGAUGCCGGCGGAACUUGAUGAUCAUGAGAAGGGCAAGCUGUUCGUCGGUGGGCUGUCGUGGGAGACGAGCCACGAGAACCUGCAGCGCUAUUUCAGCCGGUACGGCGAGGUCAUCGAUUGUGUGGUGAUGAAGAACAACGAGACGGGACGUUCGCGCGGCUUCGGCUUUGUGACGUUCGCCGAUCCGGAGAAUGUGGAGCGGGCGCUCGAGAACGGACCGCAUACGCUGGACGGUCGUACGAUCGAUCCGAAACCGUGCAAUCCGCGCUCGCAGCAUAAGCCGAAGCGGACCGGCGGUUACCCGAAGGUGUUCCUGGGUGGAUUGCCGCCCAACAUCACCGAGACGGAUCUGCGCUCGUUCUUCUGCCGCUAUGGUAGCGUGAUGGAGGUGGUGAUCAUGUACGAUCAGGAGAAGAAGAAAUCGCGCGGCUUCGGGUUCCUGUCGUUCGAGAGCGAGAGUGCGGUCGAGCGGGCCACCGCUGACCACUUUGUGCACAUCAGCGGCAAGCAGGUGGAGGUGAAGAAGGCAGAACCGCGCGAUGGCAACCAAAAUAAUAGCAACAGCAUGAACGCUGACUCGUACCAGUGGGGUUCACCGCAGGCACCGCCGAUGGGCAACGGGCAGAUGGGCGGACCGCCGAUUAACAUGCAGUCGAACAUGAUCCAGGGCUACCAGAGCUGGGGCUCGUCGCAACCGCAGCAAGGUUACGCUGGGUAUGGUGCUGGUGCAGCUGGCGCAGCCAACGCGUACCAAAACUGGGGCGCACCGCCACCGCCGCAGCAGUGGGGCAACUCAUAUGCAACGCCGCAGCAAACCCAGGGCUACGGUGCGUACGACAUGUACAACAACUCGGGCGCCGGAAGUGCCGGCGGGUAUGGUUCGGGCAACUGGAACUCAUGGAACAUGCCACCGAACACGGCCGGUUCGGCUACCGGUUCGACCGCGGACAUGUAUUCGCGUCCACAGUCGGGACCGACGGCCGGUCCAGGAGCUUCGGCGGGACCUAAUAGCGGUGGGCCGUCGAAACCGGGCUCGGAGUACGGUGGCGGUUCCGCCGCGUAUGGUGGUGGUGCCGCAGCUGCUGCUGCCGCUGCGACCGGCUACAACUACUACCAGAAUGAUCAGAACACGUACAACAACCGGCCACGUUCGGUGUACGGUGCCGGCAGUGAUGCCACUUCGCAGCCACCCUACCAGGCGUUCUAAGUUGGAUCGGCUGUUCGAUGUUUUCUCUGAUGCUGUGGGUGUUAGUUCGGUGAGGCAACAGCAUCAGAAAUCGAUUGUCGCUAGCGUUCGGUAGCUGCAGCUUGAUGAUGAUGAAAUUGGAAUACAUUUUGAGACACAGUUUUAUGAUUCGAAGCGAAUGGAAAUAUUAGCAGUUACGUAUAGAAAAGAAGCGAUAGCAGGAACAACAACAACACAACAAAAGUACACAUACAUACACAGGCGCGCAUUAUCUAUCAGUGCGAUGCACAGUCGAUCCCCGGAGUUUCGGAAUUCCAUCGGAAUAUAGCAAAAGUAAGAAAUUUAAAGGUAGAGAAGUUGACGAUGAAGAUGGAAUUUUGAUGGUUUGUUUUAUAAACUACUGUUGCAUUCAAAGCUCACAUACACACAUACACACACAACCAACAAAAGGUCUACCAUCAGCACCACAAUACAGAAAGCGAGCAUCGUAUUCAUUCAAUUAUAGCGAAGCAAAACAAGAAAAAAAAAUCGGGAAGCUACUAAGAACGCGAAGAAGAUGGAGUAAAAUACAAACUCUAUAUUAUAAAUAAUUAUAUAUACAUAUAACAAACUGAACGGUAAACAGCAUAUAUAAACAAGAUGAGGGAUUCUAAUAAGUUGAAACUAAACAAGAAAAAGGAAAACACACAGAUGCUUAGCAAAGAUUAUAAGAGUAACACUAGUACUAUACAGAAACAAACACAUCCAUAUAUACAUAUAAAUGUUCACUAUCCUCCCCAUUAAAAAGAUACCGUGAAGGAAGGAUAAUUAGGAAUGGGAUGAAGCGAAGCUAUGCAGAAACAGAGAGAAAGAGAGAAUUACUAACUAUAAUUUUUGCCGACUUUCGAAUGGAUGAGGAAGCAAACAAAACACAAAUUCCUGUUUAAGUAGUUUACAAGAACGAAAGAGGUAAGGAGAGAGCGAAAGCGUGGAUGAGAGAAGAGUGGUAAAACUUUAAACACAAAAAAAAUAUAUACACACGACGUAUUAGCAGGUAGGGACGAAGUAAUGGGAAAGGCAAACACACAAGGCUAGAUAGAGUAAUGUUUUUUUUUGUGGUGAUGUGUGAAAUAUACUUUAAAAACUUUCGAAUGCUAAACAUGGAAACACACACACAUACAACUUACCGUGAUUGAAUUAGGGGUUGAAAAUCUUUUGUUGCAUUGUAGCCUGUUUCCUGUUCUGGAGGAAAUAGUAACGGAAUGUAUUAAAAUAACUAGUUCUUCUUUUAUUGUUUUAAUUUAGAUCGAGGAUUAGAAAGACGCGGGGCUUUGCGGUAAAAACUCGAUCGUUUGAUGAGUUCUUCCACACUCGCGACAGAAGAAAGGCACAUAAGUUAGUUGGAACUUUUUUUUAAAAUAGUUAUCUUGCAAACCGUCACCGACGAGCGUCAAUCCGUAAUUGAGUGUGAAAAUUUGUUAUUGGAUUUAGUUGUGUUGCUUUUUUUAAAUUGAAAUACUACCACUAAUCAAAGAACGAGCUAGGGCAAAGAUGAGUAAGUGAAGCGUUGUGUGUGUAUAGAACAGUUUUUUUUUUAUGGCAUUGUGGGCCGAGAUGUAGAACAAGUGUAUCCAUUUUCAAUACGCCACAUUCGAUUUAUGUCGAUACAAAGCAUUGCAAAACAUACAAACAAAACAAAACAGCACGUUUUAAAGAGAGAAGAGCAAAAACUGAAUCAUUUGAAGAAGGGGAUGGAUGAUGAAAGCUUGUUGGAAGAAGUGUAAUUGCAAAAACAACUAUGUUAGCAUCUUGUGUUUUAUGGUGAAAAAGGCGAAUGAAAUUGUACGUGAAAUGUU